AUGGAUUUUACUUGUGGAUGUCUUUUGGAUAAAACUGCCAAAGAACCUCACUUUAAAAAGUCAAAGCAUUUUGAAGAUCUCGCAGCAAGCUUUGCUAUUAACGCCAAGAAUGAACAAUUGAAUGCUCAUUAUUCAUGGUUGGUGCAAAUGCAUCGCCCUGUAGCAACCAGUAAUCCAUACGUUGAAGCCACCUUUGAAAAUCCUCAAGACAAGACCCAACCGAUUAUUGUACCAGCCUUACAACUCAAGAAUACUGAAACUGCCUACUCCCAUCCACGUUAUUACGUCGUCUCCCCUGCUGUGGGCACACUUGAUUGUGGAUUAUACCAUAUGCGUCUCACUGCAUACGCUGAUUCAUCCAAGCGAACUAUACUAGCCGAACACGAAAAUGAUUUAUUGUCGCGUGUCAACACUACAACCUGUUCUAAAACUGAAUUUAUGGAGAAGAUGAAUGCGGCAGCGCGCCAUGCCGAGAAGCAAUGGGAAUCAGCCCAAUGA